AGUUGAGUAAACCUGCACAACUGAACUAGCAACCUAUUUAUUACCCGAUAUUUUAUGUGUUUUCAUUAACCUUUUGUUUAUUAAUGGAUGGAUUUUUCAUUGUUUAUGUUUAUAUUGGCAUAUUUAAAAAUUGAAGACUUCAAGAAACUCCUAGGAAGUGUGUGAUAUUUAUAUUGUGUGUAACCACGGAUUUUGGCAAGAAAUGCAUUCGAAAGAAGCCAUGAUGUUCUGACAAAAUUAUUCUGUAUUCCAUUUCCGUUUGUGUUUAGAAAACUAUUUUGUAUAUAUUGAGGCCUAAGAACCAUGUCUUCAAGAGCCGUGGUAGAUCGUAUCGAUCCUUUUACAAGUAAAGCCUCAAUAAAGUCGAAAAAGCAAAAACGUUCACAGGGUUCAUCUCAUUACCGAACAAAAAAUGCACCAGAAUUGCAGGCUUUGCCGCAUUUAAAAGAUACACCUCAUGGAGAGCAGUCAGAUUUAUUUAUCAAAAAACUUCAACAGUGUUGUGUUGUGUUCGAUUUUAUGGACCCAGUAUCAGACUUAAAGAGUAAAGAGGUCAAAAGAGCAUGUCUUAAUGAAUUAGUAGACUAUAUAACAGCCACGAGAGGAGUAUUGACAGAGCCAUGCUAUCCGGAAAUUGUUAGAAUGAUUGCAUGUAACAUAUUCAGAACGUUACCACCCAAUGAUAAUCCGGAUUUUGAUCCAGAAGAAGAUGAUCCUACUUUAGAAGCCUCUUGGCCACACCUACAGAUUGUUUAUGAAUUUUUCCUGCGGUUUUUAGAAUCUCCUGAUUUCCAACCGAGUCUUGCUAAGAAAUAUAUUGAUCAAAAAUUUGUUUUACAGUUGUUGGAGCUAUUUGAUAGUGAAGAUCCUAGAGAAAGAGAUUUCCUCAAAACUGUAUUGCAUAGAAUUUACGGGAAAUUUCUUGGACUAAGAGCUUUUAUAAGAAAACAAAUUAAUAACAUAUUUCUCAGGUUUAUAUAUGAAACAGAGCAAUUUAAUGGAGUUGGAGAGUUACUAGAAAUAUUAGGCAGCAUUAUAAAUGGGUUUGCUCUGCCACUGAAGACUGAACACAAGCAGUUUCUACUGAAAGUUUUAAUACCAUUACAUAAGAUUAAGACUCUAAACAUGUAUCAUGCUCAGCUUGCUUAUUGUGUUGUACAGUUUCUAGAAAAAGAUGCUACUUUAACUGAGGAGGUUAUCAAAGGAUUGUUGAAGUUCUGGCCAAAAACUUGUAGUCAGAAAGAGGUGAUGUUCCUAAGUGAAAUAGAAGAAAUUUUAGAUGUCAUUGAGCCUACCCAGUUUCAAAAGGUUAUGGAGCAACUGUUCAGACAGAUAGCUAGAUGUGUAUCAAGUCCACACUUUCAGGUCGCAGAGAGAGCAUUGUAUUACUGGAAUAAUGAUUACAUCAUGACCCUGAUAGAAGAAAACUCCAAUGUAGUGCUUCCAAUUAUGUUCCCGGCAUUAUACAAAAUUUCCAAAGAGCAUUGGAACCAAACCAUUGUAGCACUUGUCUAUAAUGUCCUCAAAACCUUUAUGGAAAUGAAUAGUAAAUUAUUUGAUGAGUUAACAUCGAAUUACAAAUCUGAACGACAGAAAGAAAAGAAGAAAGAAAAAGAUAGAGAGGAACUAUGGAAGAAAUUAGAGAAAAUAGAAGUAAAUAGUAAAGGAAAGAAGAAGUCUUAAAACCACAUCAAUUUAGGAGCUGUGUUAUGAAUUUUGGCAAUCCAGACAUCUGUGAUGCAACCAUUUUGCUAAAUAUAUCAUUGACUUGUUGAGAGAGUGAAGAAUGAACGUCAGACUUUCCUUGGCUACAUUAUACCAGCCAACAGCCAGUAGUGACAGGGCUAACCCUUUAUAAACAAAAAUAUGUAAUAAGUCCAGAUGAUUCUAGUGAUGACCAGAUUACAUCAGAAUAUCUUUCCUCUCUGUAUCCAAAUAAAAACUAAAGUGUAUUACAGAUUUGAAAGGAAUUACAAAAACUUCUUUAGAUAUGACAAUAUUUAUGAUGCACUCUUCUGUUUUAUCUUAUCUUGUAUAUUUGUUGUAUCAAAUUGGGAUGGUUUUGUUGAAAAUUAAGUGAAAUGUUUGCCGUUAACUUAUUUUCCCCCUGCAUUAAUGAUAUUGGACUUAUCACUUAUACUUUAUAGGACAAUAUUUGUAAUCUUGUAGUUAAUCAUUUCAUAUUGGUCCAUUUAAAUAUAACGGUGUAUUAGGUAAUAGUGAUGUUAAAGCCAUAAAGAAUAUUGCUAGAUGUUUGUUUAUUUGAGUGGGAAAGCAAAUUAAAACUUUUUUGUUUCUGGUGAAGAAAUGCUCAAUUUUGACUGAAAAUUAAUAAAUAUUUAAUUUAAGUGGCAGAAAUAUGAAAAAAAAAUCUGUUGACAGAUGCUGGAAAUGUUAGGGGGGGAGGUGAUUAUCUAGCAAUAUUUUAUUAUAGUCAUAAUUUUUUUACUAAAUAGCACCAUAACAUUACAUGGUGCUAAUUGUUCAUGUGUAGAUAUAAAUAAUAAAUCUGGUGGCAAUUCAGUGUUAAAUAUUCCCUUCCAAGUAGAAUGAAAUUAGAACAAAAACUUAGGGCUCUGCUGGUCAGGGUCUCAUAAUCAGGAUCCUUUUUAUUUCUCCUCAUAUAUCAGCAAUAGAGUGCUUAUUUAUUUUUAGUUUCUUAAUAGUGCUUUAAGAUACAGAGACAUGUCUUUGUAUAUACAAAACUAUGAACAAUAAUAUAAAUAUUUAGGAUAGAUGUUUAUAUAUAUAGUCAUGUAAUGUUCUGGCUGCGGUAAGGAAUCACUUCUUCAAUUCUGUUAAUGUAUUUGAUCAUUUGUAAACACAGGACAUAAAAACUUAAUAAGUCUCUUAAACAUAUGUGAAAAAGUUGAUAUAUACAAGGUAUUAAAUGUGUGAUAUUGCUUUAUUACAAUGAAUUGUGGGUAACUUCCAUGCUUUUGAAAACAAUCAUCUAAAACGAUAUACCUCCAAUAUAUCAUAAGAUAUUUCUUUUGUCGGUAGGUUUAUAAAGUGCAAUACUCCUGUGUUAUAUCCCAUUGUUCUUGUGUGUUAGUUUCUCUGGAGGAGUUGCUGUUCUUAGUGUUAACUUUCAUAGUCCUAAUCUUUAAAGAAAAAGAUCCUUUUUCAGCGUUUCUAGGGAAAACUUGAAUUAUAAAUAUGAAAAUUGUCUUCGCUAUUUUUAUUGUAACUUUCUGAUAUACUGCCAAACUUGUAUAGCUGGAAAAAUUGUUUUAACAAGAAGUUAUGCUUGUGAUUGUAAAUAUGGUUUGUUUUACUUGUUGUGAAGGGUUUAUAUAUUUGUUCUUCAAUGAUUAAAUGUUAUUCAUUAUGAAAUAGUCAUUAUCUUUGUAUAAUUUCUUUAAUUCAUUUUCCCUGGGCUUGCAACUUUUAUUGAUUUUUUUAAUGAUUUUAUUUCUGACAAACAGGGUAAGCAAGAUGUCUUAAGUUCAUAUAUAAAAAAGGUAGAAAGCCAGUUUCUCUUUAAUGGAGAAAAGGAGGAAUUUUUUGUUAUUUUUUAGUUUUGAUAAAAAAAAAAGUUACCCAUAAUUCAUGUGUAGUUAUGACGUGUGGCGCCAAGCAAAAUGGAGUGUAACGGAUGUGGAUGCUUUAUUUAGGCGUUGUCUCUGUACAUGCUUUGUUAUUUAUUGUGAUAAGGGAAAGCCCCCUUGUUCUGUAGAUACCUGAUUGUAUGAUAGACGUGGCCUGUUAUAUAAAGUGUAUGUUUUAUGCAAUAAAAUUAUUCAUGUACAUAUAGAAUGUGAAUAUUUUACAUAGUGUACAUAAACACAUGACCUCGUCGUGUAUAAUAUCUGUAGGAGACGUGGAGGAUCAACGAGAAAUUCAUUAUUCUACAGGUCUUCUACAGUAUAUAGUAAUUAGAAUAUAAGUAGACAGAUAUUGAAAAUGAUAUUUAGAUGCUCUUUGUCUCAUAAUUUUCUGUAACAAUUGUUUAAGUGUUUGAUGUUUCAGAUAACAUUCUAGUGUUUUUUUUUGGAGAAUCAUUUAAACAAAAAAAACAGUUUGAAAAAUACUAAAAAUAUGUCUUUCAUUAUAGUAAAAUUCACAAGAGAUCAUUUUCAGCAUCUAGAAAUUCUACAAUGUUCAUCAAAAUGGCAUUCCCAAUUAAGAGAUGGAUAGACUUUUGGCUUUUUUAUUAGAAUAGUUAGCAUGUGCUGUAAAAUCCCUAUCAGAUGUCCAUUAUUUUGUAACAAUUAAAAAAAUUGCUGCCA